UUCCUGCAUAUAUAGAUGGAGGUGGAAGGAGCCCGUCGAAUAGUGACUAGCAUUUUCUUUGCUGUACUUGUUGCAUUUAUCUUACUGACAGUUUGUGUACACGAACCUUCUAACUACCACUAACUAUGGUACUUAUAAUCGAGCAAACCUGCUCGCUUGUUCAUUUGACGUCACCGUCAUCUUGAACCUGCUGCAUGUCUAACCUGUAUUCAUAUGUGAGGGUCGACCGCCCUGCUCCCAAAUGUUUGGCUACCUCACAGGAGAUUCGUGACCGUGGGUCUGCGUUCGUGGGCAGCGUGUAUCGCGCUAGUACACCCGAAGAAGCUAAAGCUGCAAUCUUCCAUCACCGAAAUGUCGUUCACGCUGGAAAGAAGGCCUAUGAGAUAUCUGCGUGGAGAUGCAUGAUGCUGAAACAUGGCAAGUCAGGACUCGGAGGUCCUGAUGACUUCGAGGUUCAAGCAGGAUAUGAUGACGAUGGGGAACAAUGGGCUGGGAGCAAAGUGUCGAGGGUCAUGCAACACGAGGGUGUACUUGACGCUGUUGUCAUCGUCAGUCGAUGGUUCGGCGGGACCCUUCUGGGACCAGCUCGAUUCACUCACAUCGAGACUUGCGCCAGUGAAGUAUGUCGUACAUUCAAACGAGUCGAAGAGAUGGACGAAUGCAUUUCAACGCUUACAAGGCUCGACGAUAUGUUGGCAAGUCUGCGGCAAGAGUUAAGCGACCUGAUUCAGAAUACUGAAUCGGCAACGAGCGGCACCUCGGCCUCAGACGAAAUCCAUAAUGCAGAAGGAAGGAGAAGCAGACAGCCCGAUUACACAGCCGUGCAGAGGGAUCUUGACAUCACAAAAGCGAGGAGACUCGUCGGUGCUAGAGAAAGUGCAGUCAAAAGUGUCAAGUCUCUGUUAUCGAAAAAGAGAAUAACUUUGGCGAGUGUUGAGGCCGAAGGGUAGCACAAUCAUGCGCAAGAGAGUUGUCACGGUCAAA